AUGGGAUGAGUAUACGUGACACGCCCACAGGGAAACGAGAGAGAAGCAGCAAGCAACGAAACCAGACCUUGCCCUGCAGAGAGACACAACCAAGUCUUACGUCCUAAAACACCUCUCAGUCUCCGGGAAGGAUGGUCCUUGUGAACGAAAUCCUCAGUCAGAUCGUGCAAGUCGAUCGGCCGAUGAACUGGGGAGGUUUGGCCACCCUGAAACCUUACGCCAACUUCUUUGUUGAGGACGAUGUGAAAGCUCUGAAGCAGGCGAUGGAUGCCAAAGGGGUCGACGAAGCCACCAUUGUCCGGAUCCUCUCCAAUCGCUCCUGGGAUCAGAGACAACUCAUCACCAAGGCUUUCCAGAAACAGUACAACGCGGACCUGGAAGCCUCGCUGAAGAAAAAGCUGUCCGGUUACCUUGAGAAUGUCAUGGUCUCCCUGCUGCAAUCCCCAGAGGACCGCGACGCACAGGCGCUUAAAGAGGCAAUGAAGGGCCUUGGGACAGAUGAAGACACUCUGAUCGAAAUCCUCAGCACCCGGUCCAACAAGGAGUUGCAGCUGAUCGCGGCAGCUUACAAACGAGAAUUUCAGAAGACCCUGGAGCAGGACAUCAGCAGCGACACGAGGGGCAAGUUCCAAACCCUGCUCCUCACCCUGUUAGAGGGGAAGAGAGAGGAAAACUCAAACGUCAUUAACUAUGAGCUGAUCGAGGAGGAUGCCCGGGCCCUGCAUGCCGUGGCCAGCCAGAAGAAGCCCAACUUUGACGCUUGGAUUCCCAUUCUGACCCAGAGGAGCCACAGCCACCUGAAUCGAGUGUUUAAACACUACAAAGUGUACAACUCCCAGGACAUCACGGAAACGAUCAAAAAACAGAUGAAGGGGGACGAUGAGAAAGGAUUCCUCGCUCUGGUGCAAAGCAUCCAGAACACACCCGAGUACCUCGCUGACCGACUGCAACAGUGUAUGAAGUCUUUGGGAACCAAGGACGGACCCCUGACCCGUUUGCUUGUGUCCCGUUGUGAGAAUGAUCUCUUGAGUAUCCGUGCCGAGUUCAGGAAGAAAUAUGGGAAGUCGCUGUACACGGCGAUCCGGGAGGACACGAAGGGUGAUUACCAGACGGCGCUGCUGGGGCUGUGUCGCGGGGAGGACCUGUAGAGGCCCCAGCCCUCUCGGGUCCAGUCCUGCCUCCGUCAUGGAAAGUCAACGGACACGUGUGUGGACAGACAGAUGGACAUACCUGUCCCAAAGACGCACACGCAAACAUACACUAGUGCAUACACAAAUGACAAAGCCACACAGAUCUCCACAGGGACAUAAUGCACACAUACAUACAGAGCUGUGUAUAUACACACUCAGAUGGACACACACAGGCACGUGUAUACACACACACACACACACACACACACACACUUGCGUACAGUGCAUGUAUACUCUCUCUCUCGCUCACACACACACACACUUGCGUACAGUGCAUGUAUACUCUCUCUCUCUCUCUCUCUCUCUCUCUCUCACACACACACACACACAAACUGAGCCAGAUCCCCCUCCCCCCAGCCUGACGUUCCGUCCGGAAUGUCCCGACCCUCGGGAUGAGGUUUGCAGUGACUGGACCCUGAGACGAUUUCCACUACAAACAUGAAUGGAGUUUAUAAAACAAAGACCACUUUCACAAAUCUCGCGUCUGCCGAGUGUCCUUCACCAGCAUGGAACCAACCUUAAAAUCCCCCGACCUGUUUUGUCUCCUCGCCCUUCACCCCCCCCCCCCAGGAGGGAGAUCUCCCUGAGGGGGCAGACCUUAACCCCAGAAACCCCCUCAACCAGUUCAGUGUGAACGCAGGUUUCACCUUCACCAUCUCGCACAGCCCCCAGAUCCCCUCGGUUCCUUGCAUCCAAAAAUCUAUCGAACGUAGCACGGUUCCUUCAUCCCAAAUCCCGGGAGAACCUCCUCCAGAAGGACUGUAGUGGUUCAAGAAGGUUGCUGACCCCUGGGGUAAGUGAGUUUCACAGUCCAGGGACUCACUGUUCUAACGGGGACAAGCACAAUCCAUUCCAGGCAUAGCAAUGUGAUUAAAAGUCAGUUUCCAGCGGAGACUCUGGUGACUGCAGAUGCUGGACUCUGGAGCGACAAACAAUCUGCUGGAGGAACUCGGCGGGUCGAGCAGUGUCUGUGGAGGUAGAAGAAUUGUCGACAUUUCGGGUUGAAACCCUCCAUCAAUGUUGACAAUUCCUUUCUCACCGCCACCCACCCCACAGAAGCUGCUUGACCUGCUGAGUUCCUACGGCAGAUUGUUUACAGCUCCUGUUUCCAGUGAGGUUUGGUUGAGGUGACCUUCCAAGGAGAACUCCCAUCAGUUCCCCCCAUCACACCCCCUCUGCGAUUCUUCCACGAUGGGCAAUGUGGGAGCCUGGCGUGCACACUGAAAGCCUUCUGGGCCUAAGCAAGGACAGGCUUGAAGCAUGACAGUGCUGCCUACACAAGGUGAAUAGCCAAAUGGAUCAGCACUCUGCAAAAAAAAAAGCUUCACCAGAAACCUCAUCCUAGUGAGAUCCAGGGCUGAGAGAGAGGGGCAAAAUUAACCCAACAAAUGGGGCCUAUAAGCCCUAAUAAAACAGAGGAUAAUAAUUAUUUGACAAAACUCUUUAUUCAAGUUAUAAAAUAGGUAAAUAUAUAUUUAUUUACAACUAAACUUUUUACUAAAUAUUCUAAUGCAACAUAUUCCAAAAAUGCCCCAGUUUUACAAAGCUACUUAGAUUUUUUUUAAAAAAUAGCAAAUAAACAAGUUUUCCAAAAGAAAAGCCCAAAAUAUUUUCUUGCAAGAAAUUGGCUUUUUCUUCCCCCCUUGAUUAAUUGAAAAAAAAAACUAAGUUCCUUUGUGCUAAACUACAGUCAGGAAUAUAAUCUGUGCAAAUUUUGAAAAGUCCGUUUUUUUUUGAGAAAAUAAACUUAUUGUCACGUA